AAAAAAUUGCGUAUAGAGUUUAACGAGUAGAAGAAUAGAUUUAAUAAUGGCCUAUAUAUGGAGCAGAGAUGUGUGGAUUCUACUAUACAUUCUGGCUGUUCAAAAUGUUGCGCAAAUUGUACCAAAAACUGAAGAUGGUAAGAUUUCGUUUGAGAGACGUUUCCUACUAGACCAAACAUCGUCUGCUUCAAAUAUAUCAUUAGAACAAUUUGCCUCAUGUUAUCUCACUUGUGUAUCCGGAUUUGAAAAACUGGCGGAAACAUGUUGUAAGACAGGCAUUGACGCAGUUUGUUUAAACUUACCAUGGAAUCUGCUGAAACCCCGCCUUGGGUCAUGCCCAGGUUUACUUGUGACCCCAGCUCCUGCAGUGUGGACUUCUUUAGAACAGUUUGCUGCCUGUUCUCUCACGUGUGUGCCUGGAUAUGAGAAGUUGACUGAGGUGUGUUGUCAGACAGGCAUGGACGUGGUCUGUUCAAACUUGCCGUGGGCUUUAUUAAAAAAUCAUUUAGGAACAUGUCACGAUACAUGCCAGGAUGAUGUUAAUGGAAUUGGAUGUGGAGACCAGUACACUCUGCGGGAAGUCUGUAAGGAGAAAACAAUGGCAUGGAGUCUAGGUCGGAGGUCAUGUGGUCUGUGUGACACUUGUUGGGACUACCUCAACUGCACCACACAUGGAGCGCAGACGCUUUUCUGUGGAAGAGAGGAAUACGCUAUACAGUAUUGCAGGAAGACAUGUGGGAAAUGUGACCAUAAUCCUGUGGAUGUACAGCACAACAGAUGCGGAGAUCCAGUGGCAAGUGAGCUUGUCUGUGAACUUUUGCAGACAGAAAUAUGUGUUUGUAAUGACCCGGAUGUGCGACCUAUCUGUAGAAACUAUUGUGACAACAAGUGCGCGCACCAUCCCUUUGCUGGUUCCAACUGCAUACCGGCUAGGCGAAAGAGAAGGGACGCAUUUCUCAGUCAAGUUCUGCUUCACUGAAAUUGUGUAAUGAUUGUAAUAUAUUUGGUAAAAUAUAUUAUCCAGAUAUAAUA